AUGAGCUGGCCCAGGUGCAGGAAAAGAACGCUCACUUCACAAAUGAACAUCACGGAGAUGGUUUGAGAGGACCCAAGUAUUCCCAGCACCCGCAUGGAGGUUCAUUCCCUAACUCCAGUUCCAAGAUAUACAUGAUGCACAGAUCUACACAUAAUUAAAAAAAAAAAAAAAGUCACGAGAAGGAAGAGAAGGAAGCGUUUCCAGAUGACUCAAGACUUAAGCAGAGGCUGCAGAGAGGAACAGAGUGUAUCUAAGGAGCGCACAUAUUCGGAGGAGCAGCCGGGCCCCCCAAACCGGGCGGCGGCCGCGCAGACGCGCAGGUUUCUCGGUUCCGCCUCUGCCACUCUGGACCCUCCUCGCGUUCCGUUCGUGCGUGCGAGCCGGCGACGAGCUGGCUGGGCCGCGGAGGGCGGAUGGCGGACUCGCAGGCGUUCUGCGUGGCCGAGGAGCGCAGCGGCCACUGCGCCGUGGUGGACGGACACUUCCUCUACGUGUGGGGGGGCUACGUGUCUAUUGAAGACAAUGAGGUCUACUUGCCGAAUGAUGAAAUUUGGACCUAUGAUAUUGAUAGUGGACUGUGGAAAAUGCACCUGAUGGAAGGAGAGCUCCCCACCUCCAUGUCAGGAAGCUGUGGGGCUUGCAUCAAUGGCAGGCUGUAUGUUUUUGGAGGAUAUGAUGACAAAGGAUACAGCAACCGACUUUACUUUGUCAAUUUACGGACAAGAGAUGGAACUUAUAUCUGGGAAAAAAUCACCAAGUUUGAUGGACAGCCACCCACACCACGGGACAAACUCUCCUGCUGGGUGUAUAAGGACAGAUUAAUAUAUUUUGGUGGUUAUGGGUACAGGAGGCACAGUGAACUUCAAGACUGUUUUGAUGUCCAUGAUGCAUCUUGGGAAGAGCAGAUAUUCUGGGGGUGGCACAAUGAUGUCCAUGUGUUUGACACAAAGACAAGGACUUGGUCUCAACCAGAAAUUAAAGGUGGAGUUCCGCCACAGCCACGAGCCGCGCAUUCAUGUGCAGUUCUGGGAAAUAAGGGGUAUAUCUUUGGCGGACGCGUUUUGCAAACUAGGAUGAAUGACUUACACUAUCUAAACUUAGAUACCUGGACUUGGUCUGGAAG